UUUUUUAUGUCCUGUAGCAAAUUUUGUCUUUUUUAAGGUAAAAUUUGAUUGGAAUCAGCACGAGACUGUGCUAUCAUUAAAUAAAAUGGGAGAAAAAUACAACCCCUAGGGUUAGAAAAAAGUAAAGUUGUACAGAGAUGAAACUCACUAGCUUUUUAACACCAGCUAGGGUCCAAGUUCAUGUUUCUUCCAUUAUUUUGUUGAACAACCUAGGGCCAGGGGCCGAAGUCUUCUUUUGUUUGAAGUUCUCUCCAUUCCAGAUCUCCCAAAUAACCAGUAGGAUCAAGGUACGCAAGCAUUUCUUAGGCGCAUCUUUUUUUUUUUUGGCUAGCAUCUCCCACCAUGCCAAUGGGACGUCGUAACACGGUUCCUAUUAGCUUGGGUCCAGCUGCUAAAAUAUGAAUGUCAAAUAAAAAAACUGCAAACAAUUCUACUUUGACAUAGUUGUUAAUUACAUAUGAAAGCGGCUUAAAUCAGAUUCCUGUCACCCCGUUACGAAAGAAGUAUGCGGAUGCCAUUCUGUCGGUCUCUCUCAAGUCUCAACACAUAAACCCUUUCACACUCAUCGUCCCAGUUAGCCAUCGCUGCAAUGGCACUCGCCGUCGUCGUCGUCGCGCUCCUCGUCGCCUUCCUCACGCCGCUGGCCGUCUACCUGGCCGGAAGAUCGACGAGGACGAAGCCGCCGCCGCGGCGCAACCUGCCGCCGGGAUCCCUCGGCCUGCCGCUGGUCGGCCAGAGCCUGUCCCUGCUGCGUGCCAUGCGUCGCAACACCGCCGAGCGGUGGCUGCAGGGCAGGAUCGACAGGUACGGGCCCGUGUCGAAGCUGUCGCUGUUCGGCGCGCCGACGGUGCUCCUCGCCGGCCCGGCGGCGAACAAGGCGGUGUUCCUCAGCGAGGCGCUGGCGCCCAAGCAGCCGCGGAGCCUCGCGGCGAUCAUCGGGAGGAGGAACAUGCUGGAGCUCGUCGGCGACGACCACCGCCGCGUGCGCGGCGCGCUGGCGCAGUUCCUGAGGCCGGAGAUGCUGCGGCGGUACGUGGGCAGGAUCGACGGCGAGGUCAGGCGCCACCUCGCCGGGCGGUGGGCCGGGCGCCGCACCGUCGCGGUGCUGCCGCUGAUGAAGCUGCUGACGCUCGACGUCAUCGCCACCCUGCUGUUCGGGCUCGCGCGCGGCGCCGUCCGGGAGCGGCUCGCCGCCGCGUUCGCCGACAUGCUGGAGGGCCUGUGGGCGGUGCCGCUCGACCUGCCGUUCACCGCGUUCCGCCGGAGCCUCAGGGCGAGCGCGAGGGCUCGCCGGCUGCUCGCGGCGACGGUGAGGGAGAAGAAGGCCAACCUGGAGCAGGGCGAGUCGUCUCCAUCGGACGACCUCAUCAGCUACCUCGUCAGCCUCCGAGACGGCGACGGCGGCGGCGGCCGGCCGCUGCUCACCGAGGAGGAGAUCAUCGACAACUCCAUCGUCUGCCUCACCGCCGGCCACGACACCUCCGCCAUCCUCUUGACCUUCAUGGUCCGCCACCUCGCCGACGACCCUGCCAUCCUCGCCGCCAUGGUCCAAGAGCACGAGGAGAUCGCGAGGAGCAAGCGAGACGGCGAGGCGCUGACAUGGGAGGACGUGGCGAGGAUGAAGCUGACAUGGCGCGUCGCGCAGGAGACGCUCCGCAUGGUGCCCCCGGUGUUCGGCAGCUUCAGGAGGGCCCUCGAGGACGUCGAGCUCGACGGCGGCUACGUCAUCCCGAAAGGGUGGCAGGUGUUCUGGGCGCCGUGCGUGACGCACAUGGACCCGGCCAUCUACCACGACCCGGACAAGUUCGACCCGUCGCGGUUCGACGCCCAGGCGGCGGCGUCGGCGCCGCCGCCGUACUCGUUCGUGGCGUUCGGCGGCGGGCCGAGGAUCUGCCCCGGGAUGGAGCUCGCGAGGGUGGAGACGCUGGUGACGAUGCACUACCUGGUGAGGCACUUCAGGUGGAGGCUCUGCUGCGGGGGGGAGGAGAACACCUUCGUCAGGGACCCGCUGCCGUCGCCGGCCAACGGGCUCCCCGUCGAGCUCGACCACAUUGCUCCUCUCCGCUGCGACGAGUUCAACUCCUGAAUGAUAAAUAUAGUAGUAAUUCUCUAUCUUGUUAGACUUGCUGUUCAUCAACAAUUUCCAAGAAGGGAGAAUUUUGAUAA